AUGCCGGACGUGCUCAGCCUGGCGUUCCAAUGGUUUGAGAGGCCUAGGAUGCGGACGUCACAAUGGUGCCACCGUCUUCUUAACAGGUGCCUCGCGCACAGGUCGCCACCGAAGUCGCUAAGCAUGCCAGCAGGCAAGGCACGCAGGAAGCACAACCGCGGGUACUCAAGAUGGACCACGAAAGAAUUCGCUUCAUCCACUGCAGAAAUGCCCCCGUCGUUGGUAAUAUGGACUGCGACUGUUUUGGAGUACCCCAGCCCGCACGACGGCACGUUUCGGACGGAAUGCUCGCCACUUUUGUACGGACGGCCCUUGCGUUACUCACUCGUUAUUGUAACAGCAUACAGCGAAAACAAGAUAACAAGUUGCUUUUGCGAUGAAUAUUGGCUGCACUUGCCGUGGACCAACGAUCCACGUGGUUGA